GACCCCAGGAAGAAGCCAUGUCUACUUGGGGGCUUGCUUCCUCCACUCCUGACCGCUUUGCGGUGUCUGCGGUCGCCGAGAACAAGGUUCGGGAGCAACAGGCUCGCUUGGAACGCAUUUUCAGCGUGGGAAUGAGCGUCCUCUCCAAAGACUGCCCAGAGAACCCUCAUAUCUGGCUGCAGCUUGAGGGCCCGAAGGAGAAUGUCUGCAGAGCCAAGGAAUACCUGAAGGGGCUCUGCAGCCCAGAACUGCAGAGUGAAAUUCGUUACCCACCCAGACUGCACUGCGUCUUUCAGGGAGCCCAAGGCUUCUUCCUUGACUGCCUGGCAUGGAGCACGUCUGCCCACCUGGUGCCCCUGGUUCCUGGCUCUCUGAUGAUCAGUGGCCUAACUGAGGCAUUUGUGAUGGCUCAGAGCCGGGUGGAGGAGUUAGUGCAGCGGCUGAGCUGGGAUCUUCAGCUGCCGUCUUAUUCUGGAGUCUCUGCCAGUGCUGGAGUGCUGAGAGACUUCUCUGCUCUGCUGCAGACUAGGAAGGAUGCCUACACAGAGGCCCUGCUGCAGCUGCCCCUGGCUGUCCAGGAGGAGCUCCUAAGCCUCGUACAGGAGGCAUCCAGAGAGCAUGGUUUGCAGGCACUGCCCUCUCAUGAGCAGGGGAGCCCAGACCUGUUGAGUGCUCAGUUCCAGGGAGUUAGGGCUCCCUUGAACAAAGGUGGGGAAUCCCCGGGCACUGGAAUGGUGGGGUGGGGAGAGUCAAAGGCAGCAAGAGGAGAAAGUCAUUCUGCGGAGAAGGAGGGAAGGAAACAGGAUGCUGUCAGGGACAUGCAUUCAGGGCAGAAGGAUGCAUCUGGGGAAGAGGACUGGGAGAGAGGAGUGGCUUUCAAGUCACAGCCAGCAGGUGGAGGAGCAGAGGAGGUAGUGCCUUUGAAGGGAAAGGCUUUGGGUAAGGAGGAGGUUCCUCAGCAGAGAGGAGGGUUCAGUAUGCAGGGUGAACCUUCUGGUGCCCCUGUGCCCACUCAGAGGGCAGCUCAAACUCGAGGAGCCUCUCUCCUCCAGCGGCUCCAUAAUGGGAACACCUCACCGCCAAGAGUACCUAGCCCUCCAUCUGCGCCUGAACCCCCGUGGCCGUGUGGAGACCGAGAUCGGGGAGACAGGGGAGACAAGCAACAGGCUGGGGCUCGAGGUCGAGGGUCUCCAUGGAAACGAGGCACUCGAGGGGGCAACUUGGUGACUGGCACACAGCGUUUCCAGGAAGCCUUACAGGAUCCUUUCACCCUGUGCCUUGCCAAUGUGCCUGGCCAGCCAGAUCUCCGUCAUAUUGUCAUUGAUGGCAGCAAUGUGGCCAUGGUGCACGGCCUCCAGCACUACUUCUCAAGCCGGGGCAUUGCUCUUGCCGUGCAGUACUUCUGGGAUCGUGGGCACCGUGACAUAACUGUCUUUGUGCCUCAGUGGCGCUUCAGUAAGGAUUCCAAGGUCAGAGAGAGUCACUUCCUGCAGAAGCUGUACUCCCUGAGUCUGCUUUCCCUGACACCCUCACGAGUCAUGGAUGGCAAGAGGAUUUCUUCCUAUGAUGACAGGUUCAUGGUGAAGCUGGCUGAAGAGACGGAUGGGAUCAUUGUCUCCAAUGACCAGUUCCGGGAUCUGGCGGAGGAGUCUGACAAGUGGAUGGCGAUCAUCAGAGAGCGCCUGCUGCCCUUCACCUUUGUGGGAAACCUCUUCAUGGUCCCAGAUGACCCACUGGGGCGAAAUGGCCCCACCCUGGAUGAGUUCCUGAAGAAGACAGUCAGGAAACAGGGCUCUGCUAAGACUCCCCAGCCCUCCAGGGGCCCCACAGACCAUGGUAAUCAGCAGCAGGGGAAGCAGGGGAAGGAAGAGGAGAGAGGCAGUGGUGGUAUCCGCAAGACCCGGGAGACAGAGCGGCUCCGGCGCCAGCUGCUGGAGGUGUUUUGGGGUCAGGACCACAAGGUGGACUUCAUCCUGCAGCGGGAACCAUACUGCCGGGAUAUUAAUCAGCUUUCUGAGGCCCUGCUGAGUCUCAACUUUUGAGCCUUACUUGCCUGCAUAGCUGCUGCCCUAUCAGACUCAGCUCCCCCAGCCCAGCCCCUUCUUUACAGUCCUCUGCUGCUCAAACUGUGCAUGGAUCCCUCUAAGGUGGUACUCUGGCUGGAGGAAGCACCAGAGAAGAGAUCUGAGUGUGGGAAUACUCUUGCCUCUGGGGUACUUGAGGACAGGUCCAUAGAGUGACUCAACCCGAGUCAGGACCACUUUAAUCAGAGUUAACUGCUCAACCUCGUCUUUGCAGAGGGUUUCUAUAGGCUGUAGAGGCUCUUCAUGAAGACCGAGACCGUCGGCCUCACCUCCAAGUUAAAAUGAGGUGGAGACUAGGGUAAGCUGGAGGUGGCAAAAGGCUGAGGUGAGGAAGAAAGCCCCCCCAGGCUGCUCUUCUGAGUGGCUGUUCAGGCUGAGCUGUCUGGGUUCUGAAGGGCCGUAGUGCUGUGUGGGCUGUUGGAGGGACAGCAGAGACAGACCCACAAGGCAGAGGGGGGUACCGGGCUUCCAGUCUCAGUUGUGCUCUGCUUGUGAUCUUGGCAGAGUCGCUUGGCCUUUACUUAUGUCUAUACAUCAGGUAUAGAAAUAACCUUUGAGAGGAGGAAUGAGAACACAGAGGAAGCUUCUGUGAGGAAGUGAUCUUGGAUCAUGUCUCAGGUGUGUCUGCCUGUGUCUGCAUAGGCUCCCUAACCAAAAGUUCCCAUUCAGAGAUGUCCACAGUCCAUACCCUCAGUUUUAACACUGGGUUUCCAAUAGAACAUGCCCUGUAAUGGCUGCAUCCUUUCCCAGCAACCUUCAAAACAAAAUAGUUGUUAGGGUUGAUUGUUGCAUUACCUAAAUACUCUCAGGGUUCCUAGAAGUGGCAGCUGGUCAGCUGCAUUCAGCUGUUAGUUUACAGAUUCACAAAUGUGUCAGAAUGGCCCUGGUUAAAUCCUCUCUCUAGUGUUGAGUGUAUUCACCAAAUUCAUGAAGCCAUGCUUUGCAUCGACAAUGUUAAUGGGAUCUAUCUAAUAUUUCUUCUAUGAAAGAUGUAGGUUGCAUUCAGCAAGACACACUACUACUUUGUGUGUAUGGUGAAGGAACUAUUAUCUAGCAAGUGGAAGCUGAAUCAUCCGAGUUGAAAGAUACCUGAUUGGUCACAGAUAAACUCUACGGACCUAUCAUGACCAACUGUUUACAUCCCAAUCCCCACAAGUUAUUGUUUUGUAUCUGCUUGAUUCCUGGCCAGGGAAUUUACUCUCUGCAAGGUGGCACAUUCCUGACCUGGAUGUAUAGUUUUUCCCGGAGAUUUUCCUCUAGUGCAGCCUAACAAGCUUCUGUUACUAUUACUUUCCCCAGGAAUGACUGAGAGCUAGCCAGCUUCUCAGAUAAAGAGGUAAGGCAGGUACUUCUGGGUUCAGUUCUGUUUGGAACCUGUAGUGAGUUCCUGAAUUAGAUUCUUUUCUGGCUGGCUUACUCCAAGUGACAGAGAGGUGACUGUGUAUGGAACUCAGUGAUCAGGGAGAGGGUCCCUAGGUCCCAGUGUCUGCCUGUUUCAUUGGCCAUUUUCAUCUUUACACCAGACUGACUCAGGCUGGGGCAGCCAUAUUGGAGACAAGUUGAUCAGGAAAUGACAAUGACUCUUCUCAGUGUCCAGGAAGCAAAGAGAAUGGUCUGAACUGGUUGCUGGUAGACAUGCUUUUCAAGUUUGUGAUUGGUUUCUUGCUCUUUUUGCUUGUUGUGAUGGUGGGUGUACAGAAAGCCAGAAUUGGCUUCCUUUUUAUGCUGUGGGCCCUGGAAGGCCAAAGUGUUCCCAAGCGGAUGAGAGACAGAUCCUAGGUUUAUAGAGGGACAUUGGCUUUGUGUUACUGCAGUAUGAGGUGGGGCCGGCAUGUGUUUAUUAUAUUAGUUCACUGGCACUGGGUGAAACCGUGAGGCUAACCUACAGGACCCUUUUUCCAAUUUUGCUGGCAUCCUCCAAACAGGUGGUUAGGGUGGCACCAAAGCUCACUGGAAAUGAUCCUCAAAUGUAUUUAUUGUCUUUAACCUUUGUCACAGCUCAUGUCUCACUAGCUCGUGGGGAGAGAGACUGAAUAUAACAACAGUCAGAACCUCAUUUAGGAAGGAGAGCCAUCUAGGUAAUAGUCCUUAAGAUCAAUUCCAGGAGAAUCUAAGCCAAAGAGACAGCUGAAUCCAGUGAUAGAAUUUAUUGCCGUAACUGUAGAGUGUUUUCUACACAGCAUAUGGAGAACUGGGGCAACAGUGUGACACACAGAAACCACAAGAAGUUGAAGAGGUUAAGGUUGGAAUGUGAUGACAACCUUGACUGGAGUUCUCAAAUAGAGGUGAAACAACAACACAGGGAGAAAGGGGGGGAGGAGUCUAAGAUGGCUUCUGCCCUCAGAACAAGGCUUACCUGAACCAAUUCUCUGUAUGAGGAACAGGCCUCAGCUCCUGCCUUGGGGCCCUUCUCUAUUUAGGCUACAAUAUCUUUCAAGGCAGCCCCCAACUCUGGGAAGGAAUACUGGUAGCCAGUGGCCAGCGUCCGCCGUGGGACCACUUUCUGGCCUUCCAACAGCAUGGUGGCACGCUCUCUUCCAAAGACUGCUUGUACCACAAUGCUGGGGACAGGUAUGAAGGCUGGGCGGCCCAGGGCAGCACCCAAGGCCUGGGCAAAUUCAGCAUUGGUAGUGGUAGAUGCUGGGGCCACUCCAUUCAGGACUCCUUGGACGUGGUUUGCUUCAAGGGCAUGAAUCAGAAUUCCUGCCAGGUCACCAAUGUGUAUCCAGGGGAAGAAUUGGUGACCUGAACCAAUGGGGCCUCCUAGGCCCAGGCGGAAGGGCAGAAGCAUUUGGCCGAUGGCACCACCCCCACGGCCCAGCACAACCCCUAAAGUAGGCAAGAGGGGUAGUUCAGGAAGGUUGCUUAACCUUGGAAAUCUGCACUACUCUAUGUCUCUUCUCCCUUCCUCACUUUCUUCCCACGUGGCUAUGGAGUGGAUCUUGGGACUUUCCCUCUGUGUUAGUUAGACUGAUGAUGUUCUCUCACUGGAAGCUCAGCCCUCCUCAGCCCAGAAAUCUUCCACUUUGCCUGGAUCCCAGGCACUUGGUCCUCACCUGAACGCACCACAACCUGGCGUGUAGACUCUCCAGGUAGCCUGGCUGCUUCUUCCCAUUUGGUUACCAGGUUGGAGAAAAAGUCAAAGUUCCCUCCUGGGCUGUCUUCAUCAUACUCCUCAGUUGGGCUUGGCUUGUAGUAAGCUGCCAAGGGAGAAAACUUGUUUGCUUGGCUGGCCCCGUCCUUCUGGGCCCUUUGCAGCUAAGGGCUCCCUAGCUUUAUUCUUUUGACCCUUUGGGUCUCCACAGGAGAAGAAAGAUCCAUGAAUUUUCCCCUUGAGCUUCUCCAUGUAUUCCUGCCUGGAAGUCUAGCCUUUGGCUGUCAGGCUGCACCCAGAGGCUGCUAGCUUGUAGACGUUAGGGACAGAAAUCUGGGGGCCAGGCUGCUUGAGCUCCACCAUCCCUGCUAUCUGUGACUUUCUGGCAAGUUACUUCUCUGUAUGAACAAUCUGCAAUUCAAUAUAGGAGUAACUGUACCUACCUCAUAAGGUUGUUGCAAGGAUUAAAUAAUAUAAAUGUAUAAAAUACUUAGUAUAGUGGC